CUGCCGGCCACAUGUAAAGAACGACGACGCAUUUGAGACCUGAUGGCACUGGGUUUAUGCAGUCUACCAGUCCAUUCAUCAAUAGAUAUGAUGCAGCUUUACUCUUUUCAUUACUAAAGCCAAUGAAUAAUAGACUCCCUUCUUAAACUAUUCUUAAUCUGUUUAGUCCGUUUUCUACUAUUACGUCAGUUUAUAGUUCCAAUCCGUGAUCUGUUGAAAAUGGCUGAGAAAAGCAAGAUUUUGAUAAUUGGGAGCACUGGAAACAUUGGGAAAUACAUAGUGGAAGCGAGUGCAAAAGCUGGGCACCCAACAUUUGCCUUGGUUAGAGAAAGCACAGUUUCAGAUCCUAAAAAGGCGGCAAUCUUAGAAAGCUUCAAGAAUCUAGGAGUUACAUUUCUAUAUGGAGAUUUAUACAAUCACCAGCUGUUAGCUGAUGCAAUCAAACAAGUGGACGUAGUAAUUUCCACAGUUGCAGGAAAAUUGGUGGGUGAUCAAGUUAAGAUCAUUGCAGCGAUAAAAGCAGCCGGUAACAUCAAAAGAUUCCUACCUUCUGAAUUUGGGUCGGACGUGGAUCGCGCGCACGCCGUUGAGCCGGCUGCAAGCCAUCUCCGGACCAAGGCAGGGAUUCGCAGAGCUAUUGAGGCUGAAGGCAUACCUUAUGCUUUCAUAGUAUCCCAUGGUUUUGCUAGUUGUUUCCUCAAUAACGUGGGAGACUCCAGCAGCACAACUCCUCCGCGAGAGAAAAUUGCCAUUCCUGGCGAUGGAAAUCCAAAAGCUAUUUUUGUAAAAGAAGAAGACAUAGCUGCAUACACAAUCAAGGCAGCUGACGAUCCAAGGACUCUGAACAAGAUUGUUUAUCUUAGGCCCCCAGCCAACACUCUGUCCUACAAUGAGAUGGUGUCUUUGUGGGAGAAGAAAAUUGGGAAGACCCUCGAAAAGAUCUACAUUCCAGAGGAGCAACUUCUCAAGAACAUUCAAGAGGCUCCAAUGCCGUUGAACCUGUACAUGUCUUUGGCGCACUCUACAUUCGUGAAGGGAAGUCAUACAAACUUUAAGAUUGAGGCUUCUUUUGGGGUGGAGGCGACGGAGCUUUAUCCAGACGUGAAAUACACCACAACUGAUGAAUACCUUGAUCAGUUUGUGUGAGAUGAAUUGAGUUGAGAGAAGUUCAAGAUUUAGCUGGCCUCUACCAGUUUGAGACAACAGAGUCUGUGUCUUUUACAAUGUCAAUAAUAAUAAAGUGUGUUGCGAAGAAAUCAACCGUUUGUGCUAUGUCCUCCAAUGUUGUUCGGCACACGUUAAUUUGCUACUGCUUCUGAAUUUGUGGUUGCUGAAUUUUGUAAUGUGAAAGUAUUUACGGUAAAAUGAGGAUGAUACUAAUAAACUCGAAUUUAGAGACUGAAAAA